AUGGCCAAGAAGAGAAAGGUUUCGCGGAAGGUCGAACCGACCAGCGCCCGCGAGGUCGACGCUAAGGAUGCGCGCCUCACCAUCAAGACGUACGAAGACGUCGCUGAUUCCGAAGACGAGUAUUGGGCCGAUCAGGAUCGCAUCGGUUUUGACGAUGACGACGACGACGACGAGCCGCGCUCGAAGCGCAUCAAACGGCAGGAUAAGGAGGAUGCAUUCCUAGAAAUUUCGGACGAAGAGAUUUUGGGGGACGAGGAAUCGGAUGAGGACGAUGAAGAAGUGGAAGAUGGCGCUCCUUCAAAACCGGUAACGGGAAAGAAAGCUAGCGCGAGGGAAGAAGAUGCGUCCGAUGGAGAGGAGAGGAGGGAGGAGGAAGAGGGAGACGAAGGCUGGUGGGGGUCUUCAAAACGGGAGUACUACGAUGCGGAUAAUAUUGAAACGGAGGCUGAUGCAUUGGAAGAAGAGGCAGAGGCUCGGCGCUUGCAGGCCAAGAAGUUGGCUAAGAUGGAUGAAGCGGAUUUUGCCUUUGACGAAAACGAAUGGUUGGCGUCAAACGAGCAACCGAGGGAAGAGGAAAAUGUCCUCACCGAAGUCUUGAAGGAGGUUGAGGUGACAGAGGACAUGGGCCCUGAGGAGCGGUAUAAGCUCCUGCAAGCCCGAUAUCCUGAGUUCGAUUACCUGGUGGGCGAGUUCAGGGAGGCGCAAACCCUCCUACCCGUCUUGCAGAAAGAGGCCGAGGGGAAACCCAACAAGUCACUAGAGGUAACCAAAUCAUGGCUCAUAGGUUGCUAUGUGGCUGCGCUAGCGAGCUAUUUUGCGAUCCUCACAUCCCCAUCGAGGGACACCGACGGGUCGGUUGCAACGUUGAAUCCGUCGGAACUGAGGGACCAUGAAGUCAUGGAGACAUUAAUGGAGUGUCGCGAGGCCUGGUUGAGGGCUAAGGACCUCAAAUUGACAAAGCCUUCCACGGCCGAAACCGGCAUGCUGUCACCGCCCGACGAGGACGACCUGGUAAUGUCUGAUGUCGACCCCAUACCGAAGCGGAAGUCAGACAAGCUUUCCAAAUCCGAGUUCAGGGCGAAGAAGACGAAGCUGGCGGAGGCGGCUAGAAAGGCGAAGGUGGUAGAGCAGUCUUUGGCGGACCUAUCGACCCUCCUCAAAAGCACGAAGAAGAGUGCGAAGGCGGCUGCCAUCCCUACCACUUCGGCCGAUGGGGUCAACGACGACGACAAAUCCGACUUUGGCGAGGAAGAUGCGCUUGACGCCCGCACAGCUGCCGACAAGGCGCGUCGCAAGAAGACGCUCAAGUUUUACACUUCGCAAAUUGUCCAAAAGGCAAACAAGCGUGCUGGUGCUGGCCGGGACGCUGGUGGCGACAUGGAUAUCCCAUACCGUGAACGAUUUAGGGAUCGCCAGGCCCGCCUCAACGCCGAGGCCGAACGCCGCGGCAAGAAGGACAGCAAAUUUGGUGCGAACUUGGGCGAGGACGAGAGCGACGGCGACGAUGCCGCUGUGGCUAGGCAAGUCCGUGGUGAAGAGGACGAGUACUACGACAUGGUCGCACAUGGAGCGCAAAGAAAGCGGGCGGACAAGACGGCGAGGAACGAGGCCCUCGCCCAAGCGCGCAAGGAUGGGAGGGUGGUGGAGCAGACACAGGUCGGGGCGGACGGGAAGCGUCAAAUCACGUACCAGAUUCAAAAGAACAAGGGCUUGACGCCGCACCGCAAGAAGGAGGUGCGCAACCCGCGCGUCAAGAAGAGGAUGAAGUUUGAAGAGAAACAGAAGAAGCUCCGCAGUGUCAAGGCCGUGUACAAGGGCGGAGAAGGCCCCGGGGGCUACCAAGGAGAGCUGUCGGGUAUCAAAACGGGGCUGGUCAAGAGUGUCAAGCUAUGA